AUGAACAAGCACCAAGGGAAGGAUAAGGUGGCGGUGGUAUUGGGUGCCAUUGGCACAAGAAAAUCGCGUCUGGCGAUAUACCUGGACACCCGUUUCGGGGCAGAGGUCAUCAACUCGAACAAAAUUCAAGUCUACAAGGGCCUAGAUAGAGUAACCAAUAAGGUGAGAAAUGAGGAAUACCACGACAUGCCACACCCUUUGCUUAGAAUCAUUGAUGCCCAGGUGGAUUUCACUGUACAUGAUUUUGUGCAUCAUGCAUUGUUGGCUGCUGAUGUCAUCGUACAAAGCAAUCAGUGUCCAAUCAUUGCUGGAGGGUCCAAUUCCCUCAUACAGGCACUUGUUAAUGAUGACACUGAGUUUCCAUCCAAGUACGAGUGUUUCCUUCUCUAG